AUGAAAAACACAACUACCGUGAAGGAACUAAACACUUCAGGGACCGGAAAGAACAGAUUCAAAUAUCAAACAUUCAAAGAAAGAGUUAAAAAUGUGAAAAUCGAUGCGGUCAAAAGAGAAAGAAAUAUUAAUGACGACGAACCUGAAGUUUCAUAUUUUCGUUCAUCACUUGAAUCAUGGAGGGAGCUCAACCUUACCUUACAUUUUACAGCUUUUAUGCGAGAGAUACGGUCGAUAUCACGAACACUUCCACAAAUAUUAUAUCACAAAGAUGAGAUAAUCAAGAUAUUAAAGAAACAUUUGCGAGUACGCGAGAGUCUAGCGUAUGAGCCACUAUUGGAUUUAACGACUAAGCUUGCACAUGAUCUUGAAGAAGAUUUUUAUCCAUAUUUCGGGGAAAUUAUAGAAUGUGUUAUUGAACUGACUAAAUACAGAGACGUUGAAAUAUUAGAGUGGACGUUUAAUUGUAUUACGUACUUGUUUAAGUAUUUAUCAAAGCAACUUGAGAACGAUCUAUGCUUUACGUAUCGCUUGUUUGCUCCUCUGUUGGGCGAAUCAACUUUGCAACGCCCAUAUAUUCGGCAGUUUGCUGCUGAAGCGUUUGCAUACUUGUUACGUAAAGCAAAGGGUGAGAAACUAACAGAAGUCGUUAGGUAUGCAUUGCAGCCGCUUCGAAAUAGUCCGUCUUCCAAAGAGAAUGUUGAGGGAUUGAGCAUAUUCUUUAUUGAAGCCGUUAAAGAUGACGAGAAUUCAAUUCAUGACCGAGGGACAAUAAUAAUCAGAGAACUUUUGGAGUCUCUAUACGACGAGCUGUCACUCGAGGCGAAUUUGACAUAUACUGUAAUGAAAAAAAUGACAAUCGCGUUGGUUCAUCAUUGCAAAUGCGAAAAUUUUGGAGUAAUACUUGACUUGUAUGUCGAAGAGAUUGAAAGAGAAUUAAAAACGGUGAAUGAGAUAAUUGACAACAAAGAACAACGCGAUAUCAUAUUUACGAAAUUGGGAAUAAACGUUUCACUGCUUCACAUAUGCACAACAGUUAGAAAAGGGUCACGCGUAAAAGAUUUCAAGCGACUACUUUCAAUAAUCAUUGAUGUAGCAACAACGGCUUUUGAUUCAUCCCCAUAUCACCGGUUCUUGGUCGAUCAAGUGUUGAGCAGCAGUGUAGCACUGUUAACGCUAGUUGAUCUAAAACUUGUAUUAAACGGUGGAAGGGAGCUGCUGGACAAAAUUUUCCAGAUUAAAGAAGUAGACGCAGUCCUCAGCUUUUCGUUGAACUUGGCAAAUGUUGGAUGGGAUAAUUAUACUCAAUUCAUUUUUCCUCACGUGAUAAAAUAUUCCGCGACACAUUGGACAAGUAACCCAAAAAUCGCAAUAUUUUUCUCACACUUGUUGCAUAUGAAAGCCAUAAUUAUACCUACCGGAACUAUAUCUCCGUUAAUUACAAAAGCAGGGCUGAUACAAUUUCCCAGUUAUCCCGAUUUAAAAGAAUCAGAAAGUUUGGCAGAUGGUUUACUCAAAAUUCUAAGCAGUAGUCAAAAUUGGGUUAGUGAAGUACAGAGACUUAGUCUCGUGGAGAUCGAUAACGAUAUAAACGAUUUGCCUCAGCUGAGUUUAGUUGCUGCAGCUAUCAACUUGCUUCCUCACGUGGAUAUACCUUUUUCAGCAGCAGCAAGCUGUUUGACAUCUAUAAUACGAUCACUACUCGAUUGCUUGAAUGAAAGUAAAUCGUCUCUAGUAUCACCAUUCCUCAAGCAACCAUUCACGAGAGGAUCUUUUUAUGUACUGUUGGAAUAUAUAUUGGGCCUGAGCAUUGAAGCUUUUGCAGUGGCAUGCAAAAAACACGGUAACUCCUCGAACGAGGCUGUGGAUAAUCUGGCUGACGUUAUUAUCGACGAAAUUCUUUUCAAGUAUGGUAAUAAUGAAGUGAUAUUGCGAGGGACAGCUGCUUAUCUGAAUCUAUUGCGAUCAGGUGGAAGACGUGCCGAUAAGUUUACAACAGACCACCUUCAAGAGAUUUACCACCGUUUAUCACAGAAUAUUAAUUCAUUCGGUUAUAAUCGCCGUCUUUACACUCUCAAGAUUCUUGGUCUCUAUGACCAAUUUCAUCUCAAGCCAACUCCGGGAUUAUCGCGUAAUAAUUAUGAGCCAUGUGACAUAUUCGCAAUUGCAAUUUCUGUCGAGGAAACGGAAGCAAGUGUUUCCCAAAUACGGGAGAAGACAAUGAAACUCAGAACAUUAGGAACAUUGUUAGCGUCUAGGCGCUUACCAGAUUUCUAUAUUGAUACAGUGCUACGACUAUGUCUUGGACAAUUGACUGUCAACUUUGCUCCUUUGUGGAAUGAGACUAUUAAAGUCUUGUCCAUAGCGGCUGAAGUAGACAAACUUGCUUUCUGGACUCUUCUUUAUAAUGAACUAUCUAAAUUUAAUGACGAAUCGAAUUUUGCAGAAAAUAAAUUUUCAAACAAAGUUUUGUCAACAUUCUUUAAUUCUGCAGGGACAUCUUCACACUGGACAAAGCCAUCUAUGUUUCACUGUCCGACUUUAAAACAAUACACCGAAGCAUCGGCGUUAUCACGUCGAUUCAUAGGCAACGAGUUUAACAAGUACGCUGCUUUGCAUCUUGUCUCGCUAUGUUCUCCAAGAAACGAAAGACAUGAUUAUUGGAAUUAUCAUGGACUCAUAAUAAGAACGCUCACUGAAGUUCCUGAAAUAGCAGAGCAGCGGUCAAGACAGUUGAUUCCUCUAUUUUUCCGCUUUGCCGAGUCAAAGUAUGAGAAGGUUGUAGAAGACGAUUUGGGAUUGCGCACAAGAGAAAACGAGCUCUACGAGGAUGGCAUUCGGGAGGCCGCUAAUCCUUUACAUAAAGAAUCCCAGGUUUCGUUAAUGGAUAUUGAUUCCGAUAUUGAUGUUGUGGUACUUGAACAAUCAGCGCAUGUCUCGCGAAAUGCAAUGUUUCAAUUUCUCCGACUUUUUGCGAAAUUCAAGAGUCCGCAAUCCCUAUACAAAUCUGCUCAACUUCGUGAGCUGUACUUACGGCUAUUGGCCAAGGGUGACACCACACUACAAUCUCUCGCUCUCGACUGCCUUUUCACGUGGAAAACAAAGAUUACAUUGUAUAAAGAAAAUCUCAAAAAUCUUGUGGAUGACAACAAGUUUCGCGACGAGCUUUCGACAUUCUCACUUGCAAAAGAUUCCUCUUCAAUUGAGUUUACGCAUCGUCCUGAAAUAAUGCCAAUAAUAAUUCGCAUUCUUUAUGGGAGAGCUAUUGCACGAAGUAGCAAGGCCGCAAAAGGUGGAUUGAGGGCAAAGAGAGCGGCUGCGUUAGCGGCCUUGUCUAACUGUUCAGAGUCUGAAUUGAAAUUGUUAGUCGAUUUGCUAUUAGAGCCAUUUGAAGAGAUUCAAAAACAAUCCGGAAUUGUCGGUUCAGAAUUUUCUUUUGCAGAUGUCGAGUUCAUCAGUGCCAUUCCUUACCGAAAGCAAGCCGGAUUCUUGAAAUUUUUAGAGGACCUGUUGAGAUUGCUUGGCAUGUAUCUUGUACCCUUUGUACAUGAUAUCUUUAAGGUAGUGCUGUAUAUUGCCAGAGACUCCCAUAAACUUUUAGAAAGACUUGAUGCCAAUAAUCUUGAUGCAAAUGACGACACAGACUCUGUCAGAACAAUUACCGACACGGUCAAUGAAGAAACUGAUAACUUGCGAAAUAUUCGACAACAAUACAAAACAUUGCGGCAACUAGCCAUAAAACGCAUAGCAGACUUUUUCAAGAUCCGCGCCUCUUUCAAUUAUAACCCGUACAUUGCUGCAAUAUAUAGUGAAUUAAUCUCUCCUCGAAUACUUAAACUCGGAAUCGAAUCGACGCAAGCACCAUCACCUCUGAUGAAAUUGAUUUAUGUUUGGGCUUCACAUAAAGAAUAUUUGCCGUUCCUCGUUGAUUUCGACCCAAGAGUCUUACCUGCGAUUUUUUCUUGCUUAUCCGCAAAGAAAGUACGCGACUCGGUGUUCUCUGCGGUUUUGGAUAUUAUCGAGAACAUUCUAAACAUAUGCAAAGAGAUUGAUGAUCAACAUGUAUCUUUAUCGCUUGUAAACAAAGUCCUAAUCCCAAACGUAUCACCAUUACUGGAUAAUCUAGAGCAAGUAUUACUCCGGUCAAGUUCAAACAAGUCGUUUGGAAAGAAUGCAUUCUCUCGACGCGAGAUUUCAGUCUUGGCACAAAUAGCAGGAUAUGUUGACAAGGGUGAUCAGGCAGCGAAAGUAGUAAAACUUUUAAUUCCUAGUUUGCAUAAGCCGGCACAACUCAUACCAGAGUUUGUUAAGCUGGACAUAUUGCGAAUUUUUCAGAGUUUUAUUCGCAUAAUUCCUGGAUUUUCCGUGGAGACGGACUUGUUUAGAAAAUAUUAUAAACUUAUAUCUACACUGUUCACUACCCUUCGAUCAAGAGAAUGCAGGACGGCCUUGCGGGACAUCUUUGGUAUUUUUGCUGAACUUAAGCCACGUCUCUGCACUGUAGCAAAGUUAAUUACAGACAUGAACGCCUUCUCCAUCAUUCGAUUAGACGAACCGGAUUAUGAAGUCCGUCUGGGUGUGUUCAACAAGAUAAACACCGAACUUUAUAAGGACUUGACGCCCGAAGAAUGGUUGCCGAUUCUUCAUAAUUGUCUUUUCUACAUCCAAGACCCUGAAGAACUUUCAAUACGAAAUAAUUCUUCGUUUUGUAUAACUCAAUUCAUACGCUGCUGUGCUGCAGAUACAUCAGAUAUUCGAAGAGAAAUGGAGUUACUUGUCAAGCAAGUGAUUUAUCCCGGCAUCAAAUUAGGUGUACGAUUGCCAAUCGAAUUGGUUCGCCAAGAAUACAUAUCAAUAUUGGAUCAAUGUGUCCGUAAUCUUGCAUCAAUGCCACAGUUUACGGAUCUAGUUCCGCUUCUUGCAAAUAAUGACGAAGAGGCAAACUUCUUCAAUAAUAUUUAUCACCUUCAGAUCCAUCGUCGAGCAAGAGCUUUGAAAAGAUUUUCAAAUGAAUGUAAUACCGGAACAUUCUCAACCGCAUCCCUUACUCAAAUAUUUUUACCAUUAAUCAAACAUUUUAUCCUUACGGCUAAAGAGCAAUCUGAUCCAGUUAUAAUGUAUGAGGUCAUCGGAGCUAUUGAAACUAUUGCCAGACAUUUGCCGUGGGGUAAAUAUUAUAACCUGGUACUUUACUAUUUAAAACUUGUAUCAAAAGAGAAGCGUCUGGAAAAAUUGCUAGUAAAAGUAAUUAUUGCUAUUCUUGAUGGAUUUCAUUUUGAUGUUUCCAAGGCAAAUAUUACUUCUGAGAACAGUUUUUCGGGAGCCAGUGAGAUGUCUACAAAAGGACAACAGUGGGUUCUACCCGAUGAAACAGAACGGAUGAUUGCAACGAAGAUACAUGAUAAGAUAAUCAAAAGACUUGUACCUGACCUUAACGAAUACCUUGCCCAAGGAACUGAAGAGACUAUCACAAUCCGAGUACCGAUUGCCUUUGCAAUUGCCAAACUUUUAAAGGCGCUACCGGAACAUUCUCUCCAAGUACAACUCCCUAGUCUUCUAACUAAAGUCUGCCACAUUCUCAAAAGUCGUGCUCAGGAUACUCGUGAUAUCACCAGGGAUACGCUCAGCAAAAUCAAUAAUUUUCUUGGCCCUAAAUUUUUCGAUUAUAUUCUCAAGGAACUCCAAGCCGCUUUAACGCGUGGAUAUCAGCUUCAUGUUCUCGGCUACACUCUUCAUUCGCUUCUUGCAACUAUUGUUCCAACGAUAAGUGUCGGCGAAUUGGACUAUUGUCUGCAAUCGGUCAGCGAGGUUAUGAUUAACGAUAUCUUUGGCAAUGUCGGGGAGGAAAAAGAUACCGAAGAAAUUCCGGCCAAAAUAAAAGAAAUGAAAACGAAAAAGAGUUUUGAUUCUUUUGAGCUCAUUACAAGAGUAAUUGAUUUCCGAAACGUUGGCAUCUUGUUAGUUCCUCUGAAAGAAAUAAUGUGCGAAACCAUAAGCCUGAAAGUUUUGAAUAAAGUGGAUGAGGUAUUGCGAAAGAUGUCUACAGGGCUUAACGCUAACCCAAAAUUUGAAGUCAACGAGUCGGCGAUUUUUUGCCGCAGCCUUAUUUCACAAAAUCUCGAGUUAAUUCAAGACAAACCGAAACCGAAACUUGCCAAAACGCUUAUGGAAGAGAAUUACGCUGUUCAACUAAAACGUGAUAAUGCUAUUCAUUCACAGGAUGACUUUUAUUCAGUCAAUGCACACCGAUUUGUGAAAUUUGGCUUGUCUCUGUUAUUGGCAGCAUUAAAACACGAGAAAUUUGAUACGCAUUCGGAGGAACAACUGGCUCUACUCAAUUCAUUUGUGGAUAUUGUUGGAAACGCCAUGUUUUCGAAACAUUCAUCAGUUAAUAUUUUAGCUGUCAGAGUGUUGAGUGUUUUAUGCAAGUUGCGUUUGUCUGCGCUGAAUAACGCAUUCCCGGUGAUCGUGAAACAGACCGUUUCGUUGGUUAAAAGUACAGGAUCGACUGGAAGCGAACUGUGCCAGGCGUGCUUCAAAUUGCUUACUGUUCUUAUACGCCAUUGUAAGGAUGUUGAAAUAAAAGAACACCAACUAGCCUAUCUCAUUGAUACUAUUAGACCAGAUCUCGAAGAACCAGAAAAGCAAGGAGUAACAUUUUCGUUAAUUAAAGCGAUCAUUUCGCGAAAGUUUGUGGCCCCUGAAAUCUACGAUUUGAUGCAAGAAGUUUCGGAGAUUAUGAUUACCAAUCAAAGUGCAUUUGUUCGAGACUUGUGUCGACAAGUUGUCUUUCAAUUCUUGCUUGACUAUCCUCAGGGGCGUGGUCGAUUGAAGACUUUUAUGACCUUUUUGGCGAAGAAUUUAAACUACAUUUAUGAGAGUGGACGACAGUCUGUUAUGGAAAUGUUGAAUUUGAUCUUUAUCAAGUUCCCUCAGAACAUACUUAUGGAAUAUACAGAAAUGUAUUUCUUGGCUCUUGUCAUGUCCCUUGUAAAUGAUGAAUCAAGUAAAUGUAGAGAGAUGUCCGGUGCGCUUAUAAAAAGUCUUCUGCUGCGCAUGGAUGGUGAAAGAAUUAAAAUUAUCUAUAGUUUGCUCGACAAAUGGUUUGUCACCACAGAGAAAAAGAACCUACAGCGGACGGCUGCUCAAGUCUAUGGCUUAAUUGUGGAAGCAUAUGGAGAAAAGUUUAAACCACGGGUUACGGAUCUUGUCGCUCAACUUGAAUCUUUAAUGAAAACCAGUUUGGAAACCAUGAAAGAUACUGAUAAAAUGGAGGCGGAUGAUGAUAGCAUGGCAUUGGAUGUGGAUUGGGAGAUUGGCUAUUACGCUCUUAAAACUUACUCGAAGGUCUUGAAAGUGUUCCCGGAGACAGCUUAUGCACAGUAUUCUGUAGGCUUAUGGAUACUCAUCGAAGAGCAUCUGCUCUACCCACACGCCUGGAUUAGACUAUCAGCUGCUCGAUUACUUGGAGUUUAUUUCUCGGGCUUGAAUCCUGAGACCAUAAUAAUAGGCGGAAUGCAAAAUAAUUUUCUGACGCGCGAUACUUUGAAGAAGAUUGCUAUGCGUACGGCUGUCCAGCUCAAGAGCGUAUAUCUGAACGAAGAACUUGGAACGCAAAUCAUAAAGAAUUUAUUCUUUGUGGGAAAAUGUUUCUUUUACAUUAAGCCUGAGGAAGACCUUAAUGAGUCUGAUCAGAAUGGUUCUUUGAGACCCACAGAAGACUUUAAUUCGCUUGAUCAGAACAACCAUUUGGGGCGAUCCAAAAGUACUGAGCCUUUAUCAUGGUUAUUUGUACGGCUUUCUCAUCAAUUAAGAUCAAUUAAGGUGACAAGCCCAGUGCAUGCAUUACACCGAACAUGCAUAUUCAAAUGGUUUGCUGCCAUGGCGAACUUCCUUCCUGUAUCUGAUUUACUACCUUAUCUCGAAGCGAUUAUAUCACCAAUAUAUCGAUUUGUCAAUGAUGAGACGAACAAAGGCAAGGAAACAGAUGAGAUCAAACGCCUCGGUUAUGAGGUACUUGAUCUUGUUCAAAAACGCGUUGGAGUUACCGAGUAUCAUAAUGUCUAUAAUAAGAUCCGACAACAAGUCGCAGAAAUACGACGUGAGAGAAAGAAAAAGCGCGUAAUUCAGGCAAUCGUAAAUCCAGAGGCAGCCGCCAAGCGUAAAGUACAGAAGAACGAGAUGAAGAAGAAAGGCCGCAAGCGCAAGAAUGCAGAGUUUGCCAGAAUGAAA